CGAGUGCCGAGAUUCCGAGAUCACAACCUUGGUUGGUUGGGAAGAAUUUGGCCUGUCAUCAGUUGUGUUCGGCGUGUCAGACCAGUGUGUCGUGUUGCUGUAAAAUAAUUCAGAUAACUACUCUAAAAGUUGAGAUAUAGAUUAGAUCUAGAUAUCUGGAUCUACUUUAACAGCAGACUUGGAAUAUUUUCUGCAUUUGACAUGGCAUCUGCCCUCAGCAGUCUGGAAACACCGUGUUUUGUCGUGGAUUUGAAAAAGGUUGUAGAAAAUGCCAGUCGUAUGCGAGAAACUUGUAAGAGCUUAAAUCUCCAGCUCAGACCUCACACGAAGACUCACAAAACACUGGAGGUUGCUGAGAUACAAACUAAUGGCUCAAAAAGGUGCAUUGCAGUGUCUACUUUGGCAGAGGCGGAAUAUUUUGCUGACAAUGGUUUUGAUGACAUUCUGCUGGCUUACCCUAUCACAGAGAAUAAAAUUAAAAGAUGCUUGGCUUUAAUGGAAAAGUUACAACUUUUUCAUGUUAUGGUCAGCAAUAAUGCUGGCUUGGACACACUGGAGAAAGAAGUAAUGAGGUUGCCGUCUGGCAAGAAAUGGUCGAUAAUGCUGGAAAUUGACGCAGGUUAUGGCAGAACGGGCUUCAACUGGGAUUCCAAAGAAAUUGAAGAUGCUGCUGUAAGAAUUAAGAAGUCUGAGAAAAUGCAUCUAGAGUCUUUAUACAUUCAUUGUGGGAACUCGUAUAGCAUCUUCAAUAACUCCGAGAAACAUGCAGCCCAAAAAGAUGUUAUAUCAAGAUCUCGCAGUGCUCAGAGCAGGCUGAAAGCUCUGAACAUAGAAUGUCAAGUGGGCACAGGCUCUACACCAACAUGCAGUUUACCUUUGGCUGAAAAUGCUUUCUUUGCUGAAUUCCAUCCUGGGAACUACAUAUUUUAUGAUUAUGAGCAGUACCUGCUUGGUUCUUGUAAGCAAAGCAGCAUUGCAUGCCGUGUGAUGACGCGUGUGAUUGAUCACAAGCCAGACCUAAACAUGAUCUUAGUGGACUGUGGCUUCACAGCCCUCAGCCAUGAUGGAAUGAGACAGAGGCCAGAAGACUUUUGUCUGAUUGAAGGUGACAGCAACUUGCGGCUUGUUGGCAUGAGUCAAGAAAUUGGAAAGAUUGCUGCAAAGGAAGGUGAACUUGAUUGUCGAAACUACCCAAUUGGAACGAUUCUGUUCAUAAUCCCAUUUCAUGGUUGUGCUACUGCUGCUCUUCAUCCUACAUUUUAUGUUCAUUCUGGGACAGAAGUCCAGACAACUUGGACACCAGUUAAAGGCUGGUAAAAUAGUGGCAGGAACACUGUGCAGCGAGCAUAUCUUCUCUUAACUUGUUUGUGUUUAUGAGAAAAUGCAUAAUUUUUUAAAAGCAAGUGAUGCCUAAGUCAUGUAAAUUCCAUUAUUCAAGAAAUUCUUUAAUGUUGGAUUGUAAACCAAAGAUAAUUUUUAAUUUUAAACUUUAAAAAAUUAAAGUGUUAAUGUUCCACACCUUAUAAUGCUGAUAAACAGAGCUUUCGAUAUUCCCAAUCUAUUUUGCCACUGGAGGUGUAUGUUUGGUUACUAUAAGACUAACCAUAUUGCAUGAAUAUUAUUAUUAUGUAUGUUGAAAAAGACUGAUGUGAAUUAUUUUAUAAGUAUAUUUCUCGUGUUUAAAAGUAUUUUCUUUUCUUGUAUACAUAUUUCUGUGAUACUCUUCACGGUUUGAAUUUACUUUUUGAAAAGCUGUUACAGUUUUGAUAAUUCUGUGGUCUACUUUUUACAUUCUGUCAGGCACUGGCAUUCCAGUGCCCAACUGGUCCCUGUGUUUUGAAACCAUAUUGCUUCUAUUCAGAAUAAGUUUUGAAGCUGAAGGAGAAUUAGCGUUGAAAGUUGUUUUUUUUGAGUGGACUAAACUUGGCCAAGAACCAACUUUUUCAUUUGUAAUCUGAUCAAAUUAAAAAAAUGUUGACCUUUAUAUCGGCUAAGACUAACACUUGCAAGUAGUGUCAAACGUGAGGCCUGUGGGUGGUAUACAGCCCAAUUAUAUCUGGCACACGAGUGUGAGAAUUUUAGGUGGUCCAUUUUGAGAAUCUUAUUAACAGAGAACCUUACAACAAAAAUAAACAAACUUGUUGCCAAGAAAAGGUGCUAAACAUCCAGCUCUGAAAUAUUGGCAUGCCUUGAUUUUUAUAUCAAUUUUUGUUUAUUUUAAUAGAAAUCAUUGUUUAAAAAAGGAUUAGUUUUCCAUUCGUCAUUGAAGAAUGGUUAAUCCAGUUCAGCCACAACCUUAAGUAUUACUUGAUUUUGGCCCCCCUGAGCGGUUGAAAUUGAUACCUGUGUUAAAUACAUGUUGGUGGCUAUCACAAAUCUUGUGCAAUUCAGUAUAUGAUCAGUGUUCUGUGGGUAAUAAUAAUAAUAAUAAACGACAUUUAUAAUAUAGCACUCUACCCCGAUUAAAGUGCACAGGCUCUGAGUGCCUUACAAUACAAUACAACAGUAACAUAAAAUGUUGUGUUCUGAUCAAAAGCAAAUCUAUCCAAAUAUUCAUCUUAUUAUGCGGGUACAAUUUGAGCAGCCAAUCAAACUCCUCACUGAUGAGGAUUUGCUCAUUUUCCUCAUGUAACGAACCUUAUCUAUUCCUGGAAACCAUCUAUGGCAACUGCAUCAUGAACCAUCAUUCGCUUAGCCCAUUGUUUGGUCGGAGUGUGGAACGCCGAUUGAGAUACAAAAGCGUCAGUCAUUUUUCCAAUGCCUACUGAUCAAUGUUAUAUUACAAAGAUAAGCUACCGUAGUUUUAACACAUAUCUACGGAAAGAAUUGCACGCUGAUCUGUGGAAUCACACAUUGCUGUAUGCUAGGCGCUGCACAGCAACACAGCUUGUUUGGCAAACAAUACGUCAUAGUGACACAGGUGUUCAGCGUAUUUUCCAGUAAUUUUCCUGCAUUUUUAAAGUAUGGCAUAAAAAAAAUGAAAAUGCCUUUCAUUUGCAACCAAACUACAUGCAGCCUACUUUUGGUUCAGGCAGUCGAAAAAGGGCAAAAAAGCAGGCAUUUAAGUUUAAGGGUAGCCUAUCACUUGUUACUUCCCUUUAUACAUUACUUACUUGCUCGAUCUUGUAAUAAUCUGCACAAAAACCCCAUGUUUGCUAUUGUAACAAACACUGGGAUUCAACGAAAUUGAAGGUCAGGCCCGAUGACUUCGUUGAAUCCGAGUUCCACUUCAUAUGUUGUUUGUUCUUCAGAAUCGGUAUGCCUUGCACAAUCUUUCCUGUGAGAAGUCAGGAAUAGCAAGCAAUGUAAACACUUGCAAACCAAAGAUAUUUUAUAUUUAUAUAUUAUAUACAGGUAUUUUUAUUUUCUCAGGCUGCAUUUACAGUACAGUGCCUUGACUGAUGUGUACUGUUUAUUCAUGAGCCAAAUAAUGUACAGUCAAACCUCGUUAUACCACCAGCCUGGCUUACCACCAGGUUUUGCCAGUGCAUGAAAAGGAAUGCCUGGAUCGUAUUUGCGAAUUUACACCACUAUUUAUCAUCGGGAUGGAAAUCGGAAAUCCGUGAUUUUGAUUUGCGCCGUCAUUUUCCGUAAGUGGGAAUCAAACACAUCAUCCUUUCUCUGCCUGAUGCUUGUCUAUCUACUUUCAAUGGUGAGUUAUUCUAUAUGCACUAGUCUACAAUUGAAUAAGUGUAUUUUUCCAAAUCUGUAGGCUUAUAGCCCGCGAAAAGUUAAGUAAAUUUUGGACUGAUCAGUCUUCAUCCCUGUCAUCAACUACCGGAGUUGUACAGUCAUUCAACUAUUGUAAAUUUGUCCCCCGCUCCUAUACUGCCAGCAAAUCAAUGUCUAUAAACUGCGCUUGUCACCCAAUCAGUAGCUAGCUGGUGGAUAAUUUUUCCCCACAUACUUCUCUCUGCCAGUUUGGCCCAUUUCCAGUGUAUGGUCGAUAAUUAAACAAAAGUUGGAAUAAAAUUGUAAAAUCGCUCGGUGAAACUUCAACGGAACUGCAUUACCUCAGCCUGCCACUAAAACUAAAAUAUCUGGUGGUGCCAGAUAUCAAGCCAGAUGAUCAAGAGGCUGGCAGUUGCCCAUGAAGCUUUUGUAUUGUGAGGACUCGCGCUCAAGUCUAAGGACUGAUGAGUGUCGGGUAAAGAAGAUCUGUACAUCUACAGGGUCCUUGAAACACAUAUAUAUAUAUGAAAUACUAAUAGUAAUAGCCUAGCUUCUCAUCUGGCGGGGAUUUUUAGUUUGAAUUUACGUAGUUAAGAUCAUCUGAAGCUGUACAUGUAAUUGGUUGCUACUCGUUUUCCCCUGCGCAUGGCAAUCAGGCAAGAGAGAUCUAGAUGAGCCAAGACUGGCUACAGCUUGCCUCUAGUCUCUAUAAAUACCAGUCUAUCACCAGCCAAGAUGGCAACUGGUGCUAUUCCGUUCUAUCGCCAGCGCCACUAAAUUGCCAACUUUAUGCUCAUUCCAAGGUAGGUGGUAUAGCGAGGUUUGACUGUACUUGUGAUUUAUAGUUCUUAAGAAUCAGUGAGUGGCUAUUUAUCAUCUUUGACAAAUGACCAAAGUGUGAAGAUUUCUGAGAAAGUCCAUUGGAUCUUGCUGGCCUUGAUUUAUUGAGGGUGUAGGACCAAAAAGGGAGAAAAAAAUGAGACUAGAGUACACAAAUGAAUUUUUUGCAUUUGAAAAAAAUUCGUAGGCAUCCUGCCAAAGAUUAUUCCAGCACACCUUUAAAGACUUCUAAUUAGUCAUAAUUAUGUCGUUAAGUUUGAAAUUGUUACAAUUUUUGAGGCUGCGCAUCUUUACCUUAUACUGUAGGGGCUCUGCAGCACACCUGCAUAACUCCUUCCUUGUCAUGCCAUGAGCUGCUCUUUUCAUUGUACAUUUUUACAAGGUAACUGGUGAAUUUGAUAAUAUAAGUAUCCUCGCAGAGCAUAUAUACAGUAUAUGUUAUUAUUGUCAAUAAACAACAAAGCCAUAAUAGUCACAACUCUGUUACAGACUAUACUUUGAACCAUUUUCAAAAAUGUAAAUUUAACAAAUAAUAAUUAUGUAUUUUUUCACUGGAGUUUAGCGUUCAAAUAAAAAGUGUCAUUGCUGUAAUCAUAGUUUUUGUUUUUUCUUCAUGUUUGUUAUAGAUUUAAACUGUUUCCGUGCUAUGAAAAUGCAGUU